UAAUUGGUUUAAUUAAUCCAACAAAUUCCUACGAUUAAUGGGGGGUGCAAUCUUAAGCAGGAAAGCGCCUCUUCUCGCAGCCAAAAUCCCGGUUUCACUAGAAGUGUCUGUAACCAUUGCCUGCGUUCAAAUGGGCGUAGGGGACUGCGAUAGCCGCCUACUUGAGCUGCAGCUCCUCUUCUUCUUUUCAAUAUGUUGCAAUGCUUUCUAUCACAGCUCGAAUCAAGGUUCUUUGGUGGUUAGAAACAUAAGUGAGAUACCCCAAAACAACUUUGGCAGAGAAGGUUUUUCACACAUCACAAUUGCGGGGGCUGUACUACAUGGAAUGAAAGAGGUUGAACUUUGGCUUCAAACUUUUACUCCAGGAUCUCGAACGCCAAUCCAUAGGCACUCAUGUGAAGAAGUAUUUGUUGUUUUAAAUGGGAGAGGUACUCUUUUACUUGCUUCAAGUUCUCUGAUGUAUCCUGGGACACCUCAAGAGUACCCUAUCUACUCCAACAGCACAUUUUCCAUCCCCGUGAAUGAUCCUCAUCAGGUUUGGAAUACAGAUGAGCAUGAGGAUCUCCAAGUGCUAGUUGUGAUAUCUCGUCCACCUGUUAAAGUGUUCAUUUAUGAUGAUUGGAGUAUGCCUCAUACUGCAGCCAGGCUCAAGUUUCCUUACUACUGGGACCAGCAACAUUUGUAUGAGCCCAAGGAUGAGCUCUGAUAUUACAUAUAUACAUAUGCGUGUGUGCGAGCACGCGCACGUGUGUGAUGAGCUGCAAUGAAGCAAAUCCUCAAUCUUGAUGCACUGGACAUAUGGCGAAGUCACACAUGCUUAUAUAAUGCAGCUUCUGGAUCUUUUACUACGUGUUUAUAGCAUUUUUCUCAGAAAAAAAAAACGUUUAUUUGCUUGUGCACCAUUUAUAAAUCAGUAUUUGUUUAACUAGUAUCUAAUUCCUUACAAUUUUUAAUGGACCGUCCUAUUUUUCAUACUCUUAUUAAUAUGUCAUAGAU